CACUUCCAAGACAGCUUACCGCGGUUACCAAUUCCAAAACUAGAAGAUACGUGCAACAGGUAUUUGGAUGCCCAAAAACCACUUUUAACUCCUGAACAAUAUGAAGAGACUAAACGCCUUGUUGAGAAGUUUCAGAAACAUGAAGGUCCAGGUACAGUGUAAUUUUAUUGAUGUAGAAUAUUAUACUGAUCGAUUUGUACAGCCCUUAAUGAAAGACUUAGUUAUGUUGUCUGUUUGAAGUGUAUAUGACAGACUGAGUGUUUGUAGUGGGGCCUGCCGUUGAAAAAAUAUAACAAAGCCAUCUAUUCAUGGAUUGAUUGUUAUUCAUGGCCUGCAAAAAAAGGAACUCAAAAACAGAAACAAACAAAGAAAACAAAACAAGUUGUGAUUGAAAUGUCUAGGUUACUGUACAUGUGAUGCAUAAGCAGGCUUUCUGUUAGAGGGGGUGUUUACAUGAGAAAACUUGCACCAGCGUGAGUUUCAUAGCUGGGAUGACUUUUUGAUUUUGUAUCACGUUAUUUACAUGAUGACUUGGUCAUUUCAUGUCUCAUUAUUUGAAAGUACACUUCCUGUGUAAACUUAUGUGUGAUUCAAAAUCGCAAACAUUACACAUGCGCUACCCGCUACAGUCUACUGGCAGACUGAUUUCACAGUGAAAUGUGUGGUCGUUUUGUGUUUACAUGAUACUGUUGCGAGAUUUCAUACUGGAGUGAAAUUCUCGCCCCAGUACAACAAUCGGGGUGAACUCAUGCCAAAGUGACUCAUGCCAGCAUGACAUUUUGUGGUGGUAUCAUGUAAACAAAUGUAGAGCCAUGAGAGGGAACCGGACCGAGUGAACUAGCUCUGGCACGAAGGUCGCCCGGUGUCAUGUUAACACCUACUUAGUAGACUGCAAAAAGCGUUGGCAGAGGUAAAGAUAAAUUAUAAAAUUAUUUUACAGGUUAAAUAUAAUAGUCUGAGAAAAUAGCCAACAUUUUGCAACGUUACCACUUGUUUUUCAGGGAAAUAUGUCUGGAGAAUGACAGCAGAAAUGACAUACUCAAUUACUUGUAAAUACCCAGAUCUGGGUAGUGCCUCUGAUAUGGUUGUGCUGUGUGAGAAAUUCUAAUUGCAAUCACCAAUCAGAAGUUAACUUUUUAAGCCUGAUCUGGGAAGGGAGAUGUCAUGAUUAGUGAUGGAUUAUCUGCACUUGUUUAUCAGGUCAUUUUGCAAGAAUAGCAGUGGUGGGGCCCCAAAAUGUUUGCUGCUUUCUCAGGCUAGGUCAUAUUUCUCUGCCAAAAGUAACAUUGCGCUUAAGUGUUAUAAUGGAAUGGUAACUGCACUUGAGCUUUAAGUACAUGAUCAAUCCUUCUAUAAUGAUAUUUGAAUCACUGAUGAUAGAAUUUUGUCAGUCUCAAAUUCAUGUUGAGACAGAAAGGUUUAUCAGACUGGUUUAAAACUGAUAUGAUUAGAUGGAUUAUCCAACUGUGGUGUGAAAGUGGCCAUUAGUUGCCCUGAAACAUAAAAGAUAUGACCUUGAUUUUGCAUUUUCUACACAGGUCUAAAUGCUGAACUUGUACAGAAAAACAAGAGAAACAAACACACUAGUUACAUAUCAGGUAUACUUGUCAAGAAACCUUUUUAUCAUGGACAAUACCAGUGCUGUGCAGUAAUUAAUGUAAUCAUUUUUUUUACAGGUCCCUGGUAUGACAUGUAUUUAUCAUACAGAGACUCCAUAGUCCUCAACCACAAUCCUUUUAUGAUGUUUAAAGAUGAUCCAGUAGCAGAAAAUAAUGACCAGGUAACAUGUCUGGACAGUGAAUGGACAGGUUGCUAUGUACAUAUAAAGGGUCUUGUUUUUGGGACUUUUAAGGGGUCAAUAUGUGUCUGAGACCUAUGCCAUUGUUCAAAAGCCAAUAUAAUCACUAAGUUAACUUAGAACCAAGUGUUAAAACUUAAUCUAAAUUCUUCUUUCUUAUUAUACUGUGAUUAUCUUUCCUUGGGUUCUUCGUGUGGUUUGGGGUGCAAAUGUGUUAAUGCACUAGAUUAAUGAGCUUUGUUGCUGUUUAAAGUUUAAGUGACUCUGUGACUUUAUUAUGGGUGACCUGCUUAAUCAAGUCUAAACCUUUUAGCUGUAUCUUUAAACUGGUAAUGCACUUUUACUCAUUUAAUGAACAGGAUGUCAAGUGAUGUCACUAAUAUUUAGGAAUAAUUUAUUUCCCUGAUUUGUUUUCACUCAGUUACAAAAUUUCGUUUAGUAUCAUUUUUUUUCCUGACAUUUUCAAAAGUUCUAAUGAUUUGUGUAAAAUACACAUAUUUCUAAGCAGCUAUGGCAACUGAAUAUUUUCUAAGUGCAAGUGAGUUGCAUUGAAUUUGCAUAUCUAUAUAAUAUCCAUUUUGCUCUUUUUUGCCAUUUGUUUCUUAUGCAACCAAAGCGAAACUGAAGCUGCAUGUACCUGUCUUUGGUCACUGCACACAUUUCACUCUAAAAAAAAAAAGAAAGAAAGAAAAAUAAUAAAAAAAUAAAAAUUUUCACUGUAUCAUCAUUUGUGUAAUGUGCGUUUUUAUUCUUGUUCUGCCUGUAUUGUAAUGCUAUUAGUUUAACUGUUGCAUAAUGAAAUGUAAAAAAGCCAAAACAAAAACAUCGAAAAAUUGGAGAAACUUAUUGACGGCAUUUCUAUUAAGAUGUACUGGUCUUGCUUCACAGGUGGUCAGAGCCACUAACAUAAUAACAUCUGCCAUGAGAUUCAAGCUGUCACUUGAUGAAACACUCCUUGAACCAGAUGUAUUUCAUUUAAAACCACAAACAAGUGACACACAAUGGUUUAAAAAUGUUAUCAGGUAGGUACAAGUACAUAGGAACAAUUACAUAGAUAGUUAGAUAGUUUAUUAAAAAGCUGCUGCUAAAGCCUGCUAGCCCAGAGAAGUUGUGCAGGCUUACCAAUCCACUUUUUCUCCUUCAUGUAUUUUAUAUCGGCAAAUGUUACUUGACUUUCGGACAAUGAUUUGUAAUUUAACUAGUAUGCUAGCACCGUGGGUUGUUCCACUAGCCUCAAGUAAUCAGACAGCACUUUUGUCAUGCCCUGACCUACAACCCUGUUCAAAAUAACUUGGAACACUUCCGAUUUUGUGGCAUGCGCAGUACAGUCCCCUCGCCCACGUGCAGUGGUGUUAAAAAGCGCAGUUUGGGAAAGCUUUAGCGAUUUUCAACUUUGUGAAUGGGAAGCAGGGGAAAUCGACUAAGUGUUCCAACUACUCUGUUUGGGGUUGUAGGCUGCAAAUGGUACCACCAACCCAAACCCAGGUCAGUAGGAAACCCAUGCCCAGCCAUGAGCCCCGCCCACCAAACCCAGCCACAACCCUAACACCCGGCCCCUCACGCUGGGAUUAGAGGUUCGGUAGGGGUUCAGUAACUUGGUAAAAAGUAAAAACUAAACUACAGUGUGGAAGGGAAGGAGGUAGGAGAAGGAAAGCUCUAAAAAGGCAGUUAAAAAAACAAAAACAAAUGUUUUUUACAGGGUCACCUAAAACAAUAUUGUUUGGACAUUGGUCUUGUUGGUUGAUAAGACGAUUUUUUUUUUUCGCAGAAUUUGCUAAAAGUUUAGUUCCCAGCUAAGGCAAACAUUUUUGUUCUUGACAACCGACCUGCUUGCCAUGGAGCCCACUCCGAAGCAACAAUAGCAAUAUUUCAAGUUCAGUUGCUUUGUUUAUGACACUAAUAACCUGUUUAUGGCACAUGCAGGUUUGUUCCCCGGAAGCUUUCAUGGUAUGGCGCGUUUUUAGUGAAGGCUUUUCCUUUAGAUAUGAGUCAAUACGCGAGGUUGUUUUGUUCAACCCGCAUACCUGAGGUGAAAAAAGACAGGCUAGCCACGUUUGAGAAUGCUCGACACAUGGUGGUCAUGAGGAAAGGAAACUUUUAUGUUUUCGAUACCAUUACAACUGAUGGU